UCUAAUCUUAGCUUCAUCCCCCUAUCCGUACAAUCAACUUUGUGACCGUUUGUACGGACAUUUACUCCAUUAGUACGGACAACAAGCUCAAAGAAGAAAAGAAGAAAACAAACUUGGUCUUUGAAGGACUCUUGGAGGCGUUUUGUGCUCACCUUGACCUUGGAUAGCUUGGGACACACCUCCUAGCUAUGGUCAACACUCGGAAUCUUGCCAAGGCAGUGUCUCCCAUCGCUCCUAUGACCGGGAAAAACAAAUUGAAGUCAGUUAAGAAACUCCAAGCUCAACACAUGGAAGCUAAGAUGUUGGAUGAAAUGGAGAAGAACAUAUCCUCUACCGAAGGAGACGAGGAGGUUACCAGUGAGUUGAUGCCAGAAAAUACCAAAAACAAGGGGGCCAGCAACACUAAGCAACCACCUACCCAAGAUGUGGCAAAUGACAACACAAACAACAACAUAAAGCAACCACCUACCCAAGAUGUGGCAAAUGACAACACAAACAACAACAUAAAGGUAACUUCUUUGGACACCAAUAUUGUGUGCGAAAAUGAUGAUGUAUUAGCGUUGGAAAAAGUUGGUGGGGGGUCUGUAUUACAGAAUGAAAUAGGUAUUUUGGCUGUUGGAAACAUUAAAGAGGUCCCUCACCAAUCCAUUAAUGAAGAAAUUGUGCAAAAUGAGGGCUGUUUGGCCGAGAUAGUGAAGACUACAAAUGCUAGUGUGGAGGCUGUUUUGGAGGCUGUUUUGGAGGGGGGUUUGAUGACCAACCUUUGGGGGUUGUUAGCCCCAUUAAUGUGGUUACUCCUACACCCAUUAAUGAGACCACACCCUCGGAUUUGGAGCAAGAUAGGGCAAUUGAAAAAGAAAAAAACGUUGAGGUUGAAAAGGAACCAUGUGAAGAUGAUGUCUAUCUUAAGGCCAUAAAUAGGAC